AAUGCAAUGCAACAGCUUCAAAGAGCAUGCUUUUGAUGAACUUUUGCACUUUCAAUUAAACACAAUUCAAAUUGCAGAUAAUUGCUCGCACAGAUAUUUGGGGUUUAUGCUUUUGCUUGUUUGAACUAAUCUCUAUGUCAUCUUUUCAGGUCAAUCUGCAGUGCUGUAUGAUACGACAAAUCCAGACUGGGUCCCAUCACUGAAGCUUGGACAUUCUGAGGGAAAGCCUUCUACGUCUGGUGCUGAGAGGCACAAGAGAACCCAGAACCGAAACGCCAAGAAGCUCCAGGUGGAGGCUGAGUCAUCUGAGGUACAGCAGGGUGGAACUGGAGACUACAGUGCAGCUGAGACUUCAGCUGGUAGUGGUAAUGGUCGCGAGUAUAAUGCCACAGCUGGUGUCAGUGCUGAAGUGUGUGACAGUGCCAUGACUACAGUCGGCACUGAAACAGACUUGAAGGGGGACUAUAUUAAGAACCUGGUUUGUGACAACCAGCUUCUUCGAGAGCAGCUGAAUGCUGCCAAAGCUAAAUGUGAGCAGUCAUCGCUAGAUGAGGGCUCAUUUGUCAAAAGUAGUGACAAGGUUCUGUUUUACACUGGCCUACCAAAUUGGAAUGUCUUGAGUUGUGUCCUGACUCUUGUGAGUGGUUGUCUCUCCCAGGCAGGUUCACUGACACCAUUUCAGCAACUACUCCUUACACUCAUGAAACUAAGGCUGAACCUUACAGAAAAAGACCUAGCUUAUAGGUUUGGUGUUUCUGUGUCGAGUGUGUCCAGGACAUUCCUGCAGGUGCUGAAUGUUUUAUAUGCCAAGCUCAAACCGCUGAUAAUAUGGCCAGACAGAGAUGCUCUCCAGAAAACCAUGCCCAUGUGUUUUAAGAGGUAUUGUAACAGAUGUGUAGUGAUUAUCGACUGUUUUGAGUUAUUUGUUGAUCGCCCGCUCAAUCCUCUGGCCAGGGCUGAGACGUACAGCUCGUACAAGCAUCACAAUACUGUUAAGUUUUUGAUCGGAAUCACCCCGCAGGGCACUGUGUCGUUCAUUUCUGACGGCUGGGGCGGGAGGGUUAGUGAUAAGCAUAUCACUCAGCACUGCAACAUCCUUGACAACCUAGUCCCAGGUGACGUGAUACUGGCUGACCGAGGCUUCGACAUACAGGAAGCCGUAGGAUUCUACUGUGCUACAGUGAAAAUACCUGCUUUUACCAAAGGCAAAAAGCAGCUGAGUGGGAUAGAAGUAGAACAGACUAGGCGCAUUGCUAACGUGAGAAUUCAUGUCGAACGGAUCAUCGGCCUGAUCAAGAACAAGUACCUUAUCCUCAGUGCUAGUCAGCCAAUAGACUUCAUGCUGGUUCCAGACCCGACAUGUGUCCCAACGCUGGACAAGCUCGUCACGGUGUGCUGCGCACUCGUCAACAUUUCUGUGAUUCUGUGGUCGCCACAGACUAGUUAG